UCACGUCCUACCUUCCCCACAUUUCCGUCGAUACCAGCAAGGCGAGCGCUUUUCAAGCCAGUGAAACCCUCUUUCAUCAUCAGAAUCUUGGAACAGCGACGACAUCAGGCGCUUUUUCCCAUCAAAGCAUCCCGGUCGAACAACAUCCACUUAGCCUCGCAUCUCGACCUCGACCUUGACGUCAGGCAAUAGCAAUGCCACCGACUCGACGCCCAAGAGUAGACGUCGUCAUCCGUGUGCCUAAGCGCCUUCCAUACCUACCCCCGACAGCGGGUACAGGCAAGGGCAAGCAAGCGGAACAGCAACAGGCAUCAGCAUCAUCAUCGUCUGACCCUCUCAUUGGCAAGCCGCUCGACGGAGGAAACAAUGUAUCCUCGUCUUCUUCCGCUUCAGCCUCGGGCUCGAGAGCACUGCUAGACGGAACAACAGCUCCGCAGGUCACCAUAUCAGCCCCGACUGACCCCUCUUCUUCUUCAUCUCAUCUCCCGCAACCUCAAGCAACUCCAGCGGAAACAUCCUGCGCCGAAUGGUCCUCUCUCCUGACCUGGGCGCGCGCGGCAAGAGGGCCACAAUGGAGUGAUGCCUUGGGAAUGUGGAUGGUAGAUAAGGGUGGGGUCGAGUAUGGGAGCUUCUGUGGAGAUCCGGCGCAGGGGGUUCAUGGUCCAUCGGCUGAGGUUGAAGUGCAUGGGGACACUGAUGGCGUGGAUGGUGGUGAGAAGGGCGCACCAGCCGCUGCGGAUGGGGAUGAUGUCAUGCGGCAGGAUGGCCACGAGAGCAUUGGCGACGGUGACGCAGGCGGCUCACGUACUCUGCAAGCGCAGCAGCAACAACAAGAACAGCAAAACCCUCAACCAUCAUCAGCAUACAUGGACCCACCAGCGGGCGGCGGCGGCGGCGGCGGCGGCGGAGCUAGCUUCGAUCCAGCUCAAAGACCAGGGAGCGGUGGAGGUGGUCUCCCGCCACCACACUUUACGCCAGGAGGGGGAGGAUUCAAUCCGGCCGUUGCCGCAGGAGCAGGAGGUAAUGGUGGUGCAGGUCAAGCAGCGAGACACGCGGGACUACCAAUGGGAGGGGCAGGAGGUAGCGGGGGACGAGGCUGGUAGAUUUCUCUCAAUAGCAUAGCAUAGCAUACACGCAUGUCGAUAAUUACCCUGAACGCUCGGCGC